GGCUCUCAGAGCGAGUAACGUGUCCCACACCGUGGUUCUGCGGCCUCUCAAAGCUGGUUACUUCAACUUCACCUCUGCUACCAUCACAUACCUGGCACAGGAGGGUGGACAGGUUGUGGUUGGUUUCACCAGUGCUCCUGGGCAGGGAGGAAUCUUGGCUCAGCGGGAGUUUGACAGGAGGUUCUCCCCUCACUUUCUGGACUGGGCAGCUUUUGGUGUGAUGACCCUGCCCUCCAUCGGGAUCCCGCUGCUGCUGUGGUACUCCAGCAAGAGAAAGUACGACACCCCCAAGACCAAAAAGAACUGA